UUUGCAGUGUUUUCCCGUGCGCUCGCGGGGAGGAGAAGUCUUUGAGCUGGAAUCCCUCAAAUAACCCGUAAAGAUGAAGGCAGCAGAUGAGCCUGCCUACCUGACAGUGGGAACUGAUGUCAGUGCCAAGUACCGUGGUGCCUUCUGUGAGGCAAAGAUUAAGACCGUGAAAAGGCUUGUGAAAGUCAAGGUGGUCCUGAAGGGGGAUAACUCAACUCAGUUAGUGCAAGAUGACCAAGUGAAAGGACCUCUAAGAGUUGGUGCAAUGGUUGAAACCAAAAUGCCCGAUGGAUCCUUUCAGGAAGCUGUUAUCAGCAAGCUGACAGAUGCUAGUUGGUAUACUGUAGUUUUUGAUGAUGGUGAUGAAAGGACCUUGAGACGAACCUCGUUAUGCUUGAAGGGAGAAAGGCACUUCGCAGAAAGUGAGACACUUGAUCAACUGCCACUAACCAAUCCAGAGCACUUUGGAACUCCAGUUAUUGGGAAGAAAUCUAAUAGAGGAAGAAGGUCGUCUCUUCCUGUUACUGAAGAUGAAAAGGAAGAAGAAAGUAGUGAAGAGGAGGAUGAAGAUAAAAGGCGGCUUAAUGAUGAAUUGCUUGGCAAAGUUGUGAGUGUGACUUGUAAUUCUGAGAAGGCAGACUGGUAUCCAGCUUUGGUUGUGUCUCCCAGCUGUAAUGAUGACGUCACAGUGAAAAAGGACCAGUGCUUAGUUCGAUCCUUUGCGGAUUCCAAAUUUUACUCAGUAGCAAGAAAAGACAUUAAAGAACUAGAUGUUCAAAACUUACCAAAAUCUGAGUCCUCUCCUAAAAAAGGGCUACAGGAGGCAAGCACAUUUCUCAACACAAAGGGUGUUCCUCGGAACUGGAAAAUGGACAUAAGUGAAAUUCUGGAGUCCUCUAGCAGCGAUGAGGAAGAUGGAGCUGCUGCAGAAACUGAUGAAGAGGAAGAAAAGAGAGAAGAGAAAACCGAAGAAGUAGUGCCUGAGGAAGAGCUUGAUCCUGAAGAGAGGGACAACUUCCUCCAACAGCUUUACAAGUUUAUGGAAGACAGAGGUACUCCUAUCAAUAAACCACCUGUUCUGGGCUACAAGGACCUUAAUCUCUUCAAACUUUUUAGACUGGUAUAUCAGCAGGGUGGGUGUGACAAUAUUGAGAGUGGUGCUGUAUGGAAGCAAAUUUAUAUGGACCUUGGCAUUCCUAUUUUGAACUCGGCUGCUUCCUACAAUGUAAAAACUGCUUAUAGAAAGUAUCUUUAUGGUUUUGAAGAGUACUGCCGUUCUGCAAACAUUCAGUUUAGGACCAUCCAUCACAAUGAGCCAAAAGUAGUAGAAGACAUACAGAAACACGUGGAACCAAUGGAGGAAAGUUUAAAAGAGGAACAAACAAUGCCCCCAACAGAAGUUAAAAAAGAAGCAGAAGAAAAUUAUUCCAGCAGUGAAAGUGAAAAAGAAGAAAUAGAACUAAGAUCCCCAAGGGGACGAAGAAGACUUGCCCGUGAUGCAACCCCUGCUAGAAAAGAUAGCGAAGAGGAUAAAACACAAGACAAAUUAAAAGACAGUAACAAAGAAAACAAAGAUAUAGAGGAAACACCUGAGAAUGCAGAAAAGAAAGAAAAUGAAACUCCACUAGGGAGAAAAAGUACACCAAAGCAAAAAGAGAAAAUGGGCAUUUCAAAUACGCUUUACUGCAGGGAGGAAAUUGAGAACAAAGGAGAAUCGGAAGGUGAAGAGGAUGAGGAGGAUGCAGAACCCUGCCUGACUGGAACCAAAGUGAAAGUAAAAUAUGGACGUGGAAAGACUCAGAAAAUUUAUGAAGCCAGUAUUAAAAGCACAGAAAUUGAUGAUGGAGAGGUUUUAUAUUUAGUUCAUUACUAUGGUUGGAAUGUAAGAUAUGAUGAAUGGGUCAAAGCUGAUCGGAUUAUCUGGCCUGUGGACAAAGGAGGACCAAAGAGAAAACAGAAGAAAAAAACAAAAAAUAAAGACGACAGUGAAAAGGAUGAGAAGAAGGAUGAGGAGAAACAAAAAUCAAAGCGUGGGCGACCACCUCUGAAAUCUACUCUUCCAUCAAACACAGCUUGCAGUUUAUCCAAAACACCUAAUAGUGAAGGUAAAUCAGGAGCCAGAAGUGCACGGAACAACUUGUCAGAUUCCUCACCAUUACCAAAUGGAACAGAAGACUCUGGCUCAUCUGACAGUGAAGCAGAUGAAUCAUCUGAAAAGAAUUUGAAUGAAGAAUUUUCUCCAGAAACUUCAGAACUGGAAAAAAGUGAAAAACUACAUGAUGAGAAACUAGAUGAAGAAAACCCAAAGAUUCCUUAUGCAUUGAAAGAAAAUGACAGGACUCAAGUACAGCCGUUAGAAACACUGAAACUGGAAGUUGAAGAAAGUGAGCAAAUUGUUCAGAUUUUCGGAAAUAAAACAGAACAAAUAGAAGAACUCAAAAGAGAGGCUGAAAAAUCACCUAAAGGAAAAGGGAGAAGGAGCAAGACAAAAGAUUCCUGUUUAGAGAAUGCAAAGAUUUCACCAGGAAGCCAGGAAGAGGUGGCAAAUGAAUCUCUUCCAGAGCCUGAAAGAUUAGACAUGUCUUCCUUGGACUGUAAAGAGAUUUCCAGCACUACUGAAAGUGAAACAGAACCUUCUACAAAAGAUAAGAAGCUUUUGAAAAGGAAAACUUUGGAACAGGCAUCGCCUGAGAAGAGAAAUCGACGAGAGAGUGAGAUGGAAGUGCCAAAUAUUCACGGUCAAAAGCUGAGGAAUGAGAACUUCGAACGUCCAUCUGAAGAAAAUGAGAACGUUCCCUUAAAAGAUGAGGAUGAUGCAAUGCCUCAGAUUGGUCCUGAAACUUUGCUCUGCCAUGAAGUAGACUUGGAUGACUUGGAUGAAAAGGAGAAGAGCAGUAGUGAAGACACAGUAUCGGAAAAGCCAGACCCUAAUGCUUCAAAUUCAAAUCCAUCUGCCUUACCCCCUGCUGUCCAGUCGAGCUUUUCAGUGGCUUCACCUCUUACUCUUAGCCAGGAUGAAUCGCGCAGUAUCAAGAGUGAAAGUGACAUGACUAUUGAAGUCGACAGUGUGGCAGAAGAGUCUCAAGAAGGUCUCUGUGAAAGCGAGUCUGCUAAUGGAUUUGAAGCCAGUACUACGUCAAGCAAUUGUAGCAUAGCCGUGCAAGAAAGAGAGAUUGGAGAGAAAGGUCAAAAAAGACCCAGUGAUAGCAAUAGUGGAACACUGGCAAAAAAACAAAAGCGUACUCCAAAGCGAACAAGUGCUGCAGCCAAAAAUGAAAAGAACGGAACAGGACAAAGUAGUGACAGUGAAGACCUUCCUGUCCUGGACAGUUCAAGUAAAUGUACUCCUGUAAAACACAUAAAUGCAUCCAAACCACAGAAGAUUUCUCGAUCACCUGCAAGAGUGAUUUCACCUCACAUCAAAGAUGGAGAGAAGGAUAAACACAGAGAGAAACACCACCACCAGAAUGCUUCACCUAGAGUAUACAAAUGGAGUUUUCAGCUCAAUGAACUAGACAAUAUGAGCAGCACUGAAAGGAUCUCCUUCUUACAAGAAAAACUACAGGAAAUACGAAAAUACUACAUGUCCUUGAAGUCAGAAGUAGCAACCAUAGACAGGAGGAGAAAACGAUUAAAAAAGAAAGACAGAGAAGUGUCGCAUACAGGAGCAUCCAUGUCAUCUGCUUCAUCAGACACUGGAAUGAGUCCAUCAUCAUCUUCCCCUCCACAAAACGUGCUUGCUGUAGAAUGCAGGUGAUACACAUUUCUCUGCCUUGCCAGCAACUUGCUGCCAUGGACAUAAAUCCUGAAAUUCAACCACAGAAAGCACUCAACUGGUUUGACAUUGCCAAGUAUAUUCUGUACACACUUCCACUGCUGGACUGUACCUGUUCUCCCCUCCUACCCUCUUCUUUUGUUUAAUUUACUGUUCAGAGAAAUUAAGCUCAUUGGUAACUGAAGGUUUGUAGGCACAAUGUGACAUGCUUGUCAUUGUGUUUGUUUCUGUUUUGUUUUGGUUUGUUUUUUGUUAAUGCAGAGAAAGGGCACUUAUCAAAUUUGAAAAGUUAUGUCCAAUGAAGCGUUCAGGUGUUCUAGGGAGAUCUUAGAAAAGCAAGUGCACCAAGCAGACAUCAGAGUAUUAUCAAAAAGAAUUGAGUAACUGCUGCACUUUCACCGAGCUGUACGUUAACCCUUGGUGAGUAGUUCCUCUCUGUGGAAGCACUUGCUAUACAGAACUGCCAAAGUAUGUGUUCAGCAGUGUGCCCAGUUUUAAAGGUGUAAAUGGGACAAAAUAAAUUGUGAAAGGAAGUGUAGUUGACUGAAAACUACAGUUGUAAUAAGUCUUCCACUUUUUAUAGGAUUUUUGAGCACACAAUUAUGCAAAUAUUUUAAUGUUUAUUAAUGUUUACAGUGGAAUUGUGAAUAGGUUUUCAGUGGACUAUCUUAUCCCUUGACAAAAAUAUUUUGUCUUUUUUCUAUGUAAUUUCAGAGUUUUUAUUUUGUUACAAAAAGACGAAAAAUGAAAUAUAUAACAACAAUGAAGUUAUUUAACAAGAUUUCUAAAGCUGAAAUUUUUGUGUAAAAUAAGGUAUCUUGCAACUUGUUAAAUAUAUUUAUUCAGACAUUGGAUGUUGUAUUUUUAUGUAUUUUUUAAAAUAUUAAUAAAAUUGGAAAAAAAACUCUAGGUUAGUUCACUCUUUCGAUAAAACACACUUACCAGUUACGGCUCUUAAGGAGGUUUUAUCCAGUAGCCAUGCCUGUAUUUCAAAUGGGUCUGCCUACGUACCCUCCACAACGUAGAUCUGUAAGCGGGCAUCUGGAUUAAACUAUGACUUUAUUUGGAAACUUUGGCAGUCCUAGUACUUACAUUGUUUUGAGGAACAAAAUUUAUUGGGUUGCCCUUAAGAUACUUUGUCACAAGGUCUUAUGUUUGCUGUACUGCCGAAUGAAUUUAUAUCUCCCAAAGUUGAGAUGCAACAAUAAAGUAAAGCAACUGUGUAUGCUUUGUCUGUGGAUUGUCCCACAGACAGAUACAGUUUGUAAAUAACUCUUCCAAAACCAUGUAUUUAAAACAGUUUGCAUAUACAUUAUGUAUAAAAGUGAUUUUUUUAUCAAUUUUUUUAUUCAUGUUUGUACAUUGAAAGGGGUUCUUAACCCCUUUUCCUGUGUUUAAUAUGCUGUAGAGUAAUAACAUAGAUGCUCUAGACUGUAUAUCAGGAUAUUCUGGUUCACACGGCAGAAAGUCAGAACGAAACACUAGUGAUGGCGUAGCAUUACUAAAAUUGAUGUUUCCUGAAAUUUCAUUUUACAACAUUUGUCAACUUGUGAUUCCAAUUCCUUCCAUUUUCACAGAAAAUUAAAGAAAAAGUACUCUUGUAAAUGCACUUUUUCUGUCUUUUCUUAAGCAAAGCAGAACUAUUUCAAUGUAAGAUAAAUAUGGAGCUCACUAGACAGCGUCAAUAAAGGCCAUGUUUUAAACAUAGGCUUUAUAUUCUAUUUUUAUUUAAGUGAUUGUUCUUGUAAAUGUCUGGACUUACCUAAAUAGGAAAAUUAAUCUCCAUAAAUUGUUGUAAAGACUUUUUUCAGAGCUAACUUCUACUGUUAAUCUUAUAAUAGCUAUGAAUAA